ACUUUUUAAACAUUUUUUUAAACUUUUUAAACUUUCUAAACUUUUCAAACUUUUGGGUAAGGCUUUCUCAAGCCAACUUAAAGUUUGUCUUGACUUAGUCUAGUUAUAAAUGUCAUGCCACAGGCUUUCUUUUCUAAAGUCUCUCUCAUUUCAGUGUCUCUGGAUGUCACAGUAGAGGGUUUCAUCGGUGGUUCUGUUGUCCUGCCGUGUUCUUCAACUGAACACAAUCUUAAACUUCAAGAGGUUGAUGUGAGCUGGAGACACAAUGGCAGCAAAAAUGUGUGUGAUUUAAUUCCACGCAGUAAUUUAAUGAGACAUUACAGGACACACGAUACAAAGAACAGAACCAAAACUUUCCCUGAAGGGUAUGUGAGAGGAAAUUUCUCCAUCAAACUCUCUGGUCUCAAUCACGCUGAUGCAGGAGAAUACAUCUGUCUCAUCACACCCUCAGAUGAACAGGAGACUGUAGAGCUGAUCAUCAAUGACUUUUUUGUUGUAGAACCAACAACAGAAAAAGGAAACCAAACCACUGAUCAAGAAAUCCAAGAAGAAAUCAGACCAGACAGUGUCAAGAAAUCAUACCACAAGAAAUCAUGGCUUUUGAUCCUGGUUGUCACUCUUAUUAAUCUGCCUACACCACGGGCAACUAAUGUUGGUCCUGGAGAGCCACAGUCCUGA